AUGGCCCCGUCACUUCGCUCUGCGUCAGCCAAGGCCCGCCGCGACCAUGCCACAGCCCUCCUCGUCGGCCUGCCGACCGAGGUGUCGGCGCACAUCUUCAGGCGGCGGCUCGUCCUCUCCGCUCCCCACCUGCCUCACUCUCCCGCGCGUCGCCAGGCACUCACGCAUGCAUAUCACCGGCUCGACCUGCACUGCCUCGGCCGGCUCGCCUGCGUGUCGCGCACCCUCGAGCCGAGCCUCGAGGCUGCGCUCCGCGUCCGCGCUGUCGAGGGCGGCCACUGGCUGCCGGAGACGCUCCCGCCUGGAGAGGACGCGUGGCUCCGCCUCCUCCUCUCUCGGGAGAGGCGGAGGGUCUCCCCGACCUCACCCGUCUCUGCAGGCUCGUGGCACACCAUCUUUGUCGACGAGACCGGCAACCUCUACUCGUCCGGCGUCGAGCGGGUAGAGGGCCCCGACCGGCGCGGGCUGCUGGGCCACGGCGCGCUGCAGCAGCCGGAGGCGGGCCUUCCCUCGCCGACGCCGAUCCGCUCGAUGCUCGGCGUGGCGAUCCGCUCCGUCGCCGCGGGCAACAAGCACUCCCUCGCCAUCUCCAGCAGCGGGCAGCUCUUCACGCUCGGUACAGGGAUGGGGCCGUGGUUCGACGCGGGCUCGACGGACGUGCCUCACGAGGUGAUCGUGGGCGCCGCCGACCGGCGCCUCGACCGGCGCGGGCGCGACAGCGGCGGAGAGUGGCGGCCGGCGGCGGAGCGGGUGGCGGCGGUGUCGGCGGGCACCGGCGGGCACUGCGUCGCGGUGACGGAGGACGGGCGUGCGUGGGGGUGGGGUCGCUCCGAAGCGGACGGCGGCGACGCGCCCCUCGGGCUUGUGCGCCGUGAGGCGGGCUGCCGCGAGGCGCACCGCGAGCCCGCCCCCGGCGAGUGGGCCAAGCGGCGAUCGCACCGCCACUUGCGUCAGUGCGCCGAGCCGCGCGCGUUCGGCCUCGAGGUAGCGAGCCGCGGGUCGAACGGCGAAAAACUCGAGCUCCCCUUCCCCCCGUGAAGGGGGCGGGGCCUCCCCACGGCGUACCCUAACC